UGUUUUUCUUUUUCAGAUGAUUUAGAUUUAUAUUUAUAUAUUAGUGUUAUGAUAACGUAGCGGAAACGUUUAACUUUCGUGUUGUGUGUAUUUUAAUAUUUUUACAAUAGUUACAUAUAAAUUAUUUUAUUUUUUUAUUUUAUCUUGUAAUAUAAGAUAUUAAAUAAUUAAUUUAAUAAGAUAUGGGUAAAGAACGGUAUUCGCGAAGAGACAGUCGGGGUUACGACGGUUACGACAACGAUGACAGAAGAUCCAAAGUUAAAAGUUAUUCUGAUAGUAAACACAGUAAACAUGAUGAAAAAAAAUAUUCUUCGAGCGUUUCAAAAUCUAAAUCCUCAAAACAUCGUGACGAUACUAAUAAGAAAAAAUCUAAACAACGCGACUCUUCAAGAUCAUCUAGCAGAAAAAAACGACCCAAGCACAAAAGUAAAAGGUCAUCGUCAUCGUCGUCGUCGUCAUCGUCGUCGUCAUCAGACUCAUCAUCAUCAUCAUCUUCAAAUUCAUCAGCAGACUCAACUAAAUUGCUUAAAAAAUUGGAGCAACAGCGUCUGAAACAGCUGGAGGAGCGUCGUCGUCAAAAAGAAUUAUUAAAAGCCACCGAAACUCCUGAAGAAAAACGUCUGCGACGUUUAAAGAAAAAAGAAGGAAAAGAACGUAAGCGCAAAGAACGUAUGGGAUGGGACAACGAUUAUCUUCAUUACACAAACACAGAUAAUCCAUUUGGCGAUGGGAAUUUACUUUCAACGUUUGUAUGGUCAAAGAAACUUGAAAAAGACGGUCUUCUGGGUGUUGAUCGUGAGGAACUCGAGCUACGUAAUAGACACAAGCAGGAAGAAAACAAACGUGAGCUAGAGAAAGUUAAAAAACGUCGUCAGGAACGGGAAUUAGAGCGUCAACAGCGCGAGGAAGAGAUGAAUAUGAUGCAACGUGGCAAAGAAGCUGCACAAAUGGAACAGUGGAGACAUCAAGAGGAUCAAUUUCAUUUAGAGCAAGCACGUCUACGUUCACGAAUACGUAUCCAAGAUGGUCGUGCAAAACCAAUUGAUCUCUUGGCUAAAUAUAUUUCUGCAGAAGAGCAAGUUGAUGCUGUUGAGAUGCAUGAACCCUACACUUAUCUACGUGGUCUUGAAAUAAAAGAUCUUGAGGAUCUUAUUGAAGAUAUAAAAGUGUACAAAGAAUUGGAACGAGGUAAAAACUUGGACUACUGGAAUGACAUUACAGUUAUUGUUGAAGACGAAUUGCAUAAAUUAAGAAAACUGGAAAAAUCAGAGUAUGAAGUUGCUCUGGGACGCCGUGAAGGAAUAAAUGAAGCUGUUGCUAAAGAUAUCACUGGAAUAUUUAAAGGAAAAUCUGCCAAACAGUUGGAGACAAUGCAACUGCAAAUUGAAUCAAAGAUAUCUGGAAAACCUGAAGGUGUAGAUAUUGGAUACUGGGAGAGUCUCUUGUCACAGUUGAAAGCCCAUAUGGCACGUGCUAGACUAAGAGAUCGUCAUCAGGAUAAUCUUAAAAAGAAGCUCCAAGUCUUGAUUGCUGAGCAAGGUGUCGCAAGAAAUGAAGGGGAUUGUGACCAAGAACAACAACAACAACAACAACAACAACAACAAGUUCCAGCUGGUUCUACUAGAGAGACAAGUAAUCAAGACAAUACUCAAGGUAAAUCAAAUAAUGAUAAAAAUGAUAAAGAGAAAGUUGAUGAUAAUAGUGAUGGCGAUGAUGAUAAUAAUGAUAAUGAUGAUGAUGAUGAUGAUGAAGAAGAAGAAGAGGAAAUGCUCAAUGAAUAUUUCUGUGAGUAUAAUGCUGGUGGUUACUCGCCUAAAUAUAUGUCCAUGGGACAGUUGGAACCAGGAACGCUGAUUACUCUCGAAGAGGAGGAUAACCAGAGACUGGAAUUCGCAAGACAUCAGGUGCUUAAUACAGGCAGAAAAGUUCAAAGUGUGCUAUCUGCAGAAGAACAAGCGAUGCAUCGUGAAGCCAGGAAAAAUAUGGGUGAUGAUGAGGCGCAAUUUAGUGUUGAAUCGUCGCUAGAAGCGCAAAUUUAUUUGUGGUCUGAUAAAUACAGACCCAGGAAGCCCAGGUACUUUAAUCGAGUUCACACUGGGUUUGAAUGGAAUAAAUACAAUCAAACUCACUACGAUAUGGACAACCCACCGCCGAAAAUUGUCCAGGGAUACAAGUUUAACAUAUUUUAUCCUGAUUUGAUUGAUAAAGGAACAACUCCUGCUUAUUACUUGACUCCCUGUACUGACAACAAAGAUUUUGCUAUCCUUAAAUUUCAUGCCGGACCUCCAUAUGAAGACAUUGCCUUUAAAAUAGUCAACAGAGAGUGGGAGUACUCGUACAAAAGGGGCUUUAGGUGCCAAUUUCACAAUAAUAUUUUUCAAUUAUGGUUCCACUUCAAAAGAUACCGGUAUCGUCGUUAAAUUUAUUUCGUCGCAAAUUUUACCUCUUUAUUUUUUUAUUACUUUCUUUAUAAAAAAAAAAAUAAUAAUAAUA